AGGCCGGGGCGGGGACGGGAAGUAGCCGGGCGGGGUUGCAAGAAGCGGCGCUCAGCUACCACCGCUGGGCGCUCAACAAGCGUGGGCCUGGCUGCGCGCGGCGGGGCGCGGAGACCGCGAGGCGACCGGGAGCGGCUGGGCUUCCGGCUGCGCGCCCCUCGGCCCGGUCGGGAGUCGCGCCAGUCGGAGCCCCCGACCCAGCACGGCCCACCUCCUUCUCGGCGUCCAUCUGUCCGGGGUGCAGCCAGCGGGCAUGACCGACCCACCAGGGGCGCCGCCGCCGGCGCUCGCAGGCCGCGGAUGAAGAAGAAAACCCGGCGCCGCUCGGUCCGGAGCGAGGAGCAGACCCUGAGUGAGGAGGCGACCGGUAGCGAGGCGGCCCAGAGUGGGGAGGCGACCCUGGGCGAAGAUAUGAGUCGGAACCAGGAGGUCACCAGGGACGAGAAGGCGACCCAGAGCGAGGAGGUGACCAGGGAGGAAAUGGCGACACCUGGGCUCACCGUGACUGUCACCCAUAGUAAUGAGAAGCACGACCUUCAUGUUACCCCGCAGCAGGGCAGCAGUGAACCACUUGUCCAAGACCUGGCCCAGGUUGUUGAAGAGGCCACAGGGGUUCCACUGUCUUUUCAGAAACUCAUAUUUAAGGGAAAAUCUCUGAAGGAAAUGGAGUCACCAUUGUCAGCACUUGGAAUACAAGAUGGUUGCCGGGUCAUGUUAAUUGGGAAAAAGAACAGUCCAGAGGAAGAAGCUGAACUAAAGAAGCUGAAACACUGGGAGAAGUCUGUGGAGAAGAUAGCUGACCAGCUGGAAGAGUUGAAUAAAGAACUUACUGGAAUUCAGCAGGGUUUUCUGCCCAAGGAUUUGCAAGCUGAAGCUCUCUGCAAACUUGAUAGGAAAGUAAAAGCCACAAUAGAACAAUUUAUGAAGAUCUUAGAGGAGAUUGACACACUGAUCCUGCCAGAAAAUUUCAAAGACAGUAGAUUGAAAAGGAAAGGCUUGGUAAAAAAGGUUCAGGCAUUCCUAGCCGAGUGUGACACAGUGGAGCAGAACAUCUGCCAGGAGACCGAGCGGCUACAGUCUACAAACUUUGCCCUGGCCGAGUGAGGCCAGAGCUUCCCCGCAACAAUGGAGGGUGCAUAUGCAGAAUGAAGGUGCAUGCCAAAAGCUGAAGACUCACAGGGUGCUCCAUGCCCUGCCUCUGCUCUCACCCCCAGAUCACCUACCAACAUGAAGUCAGAGAAUCCAGGUUCUUCCCACUCACCCCUAUCCACAACAAGGAGGGCAGCCAAGGUCAGAGUGACUACCCACUGGUAGACGGCCAUGCUGAUCCUGGGAUGAUGUAGCCUGAACUGGCCGGGGCCUGGGCUGGGCCUGGGGAAGGAUGGGGGCCUAUUUAUAGUGCUACUUCCCUUAUCUUAUCUUACGUGGGGCAAGAUAAAGAAGCCAGAGUUGAUCUCUGCACACUGGCAUCCGGAAAGGGCUUGCUCUAGGUAGAGAUGCUGAGCUCAUGGUGAAAUGGGGAUGUGGCCAUGGGGCUGGUGGGUUUCCAGAGUGACAAAAAGUUUGGAUAGCUUGCAAAGCUGACUCCAAUCUGAGGGUUCAAGCAAGGAGAGGAAAGUUGAAGUAGAAAGAGAGAGAGUCCAAGGCAGAGAGAAAGAGAAAGAGAGAAAAAAGCAACUGGAAGAUGUCAUGAGGCAGAGAAGGGGGCUGGAGCCUGGAUUCCUUUGCCAGUGUUUCCAGCAACCAACUCUGGGACCUCGGUAAAGCCACUUUUCUUAACUGGGCCUCAGAUCACCCAUACACGAAGUGGAGAUGAUAAUUUUGGCUCUGCCUUUCUCCCAGGGCUGCUGUGAGGACAGGGGCAGUGAUAGCAGAUGGGAAAACAUUUUGCAGAAAUGAAAUGAACUGUAAAUGUAAGCGGAAAUGAUCCUGUUUAACUUUUUUAUUUCACUUUU